CAUGCAUGCAUUCCAAAAGGGGGAGGAGCUAUCAGCAUAAACGAAUAUAGAAUACGGACAUAUCCUGACGUCACAAAGUAAACACUAUAAAUGGUUUGCAAAGAUUGUGAAAAGAAACUAGGUAGAGUGAUCUGCCCUGAUCCAUGGAAGUCUGGAGCAAGAAAUACAGUAGAAAGUGGUGGUAGAAAAGUAGGAGAAAACAAGGUCCUCACAUCAAGAAAAGCAAGGUUUGCUCCUUACACAAGAUUUUCAAAGUGCAAGAUAUGUAAGCAGACAGUGCAUCAAGCAGGAUCAAAUUAUUGUCAAGGAUGUGCAUAUAAGAAAGGUAUAUGUGCUAUGUGUGGAAAGCAGAUUAUUGAUGUGAAGAAAUAUGUCCAAUCAACAGUAUAAUUUAUUAUAAUUAUAUGCACUUCAUUUCAUUUUUAAACUUGUUCCAAUGGCUCUUGUUAAAAAUUAAUUAUUAUAAAAGAAAUUACAAUUAAUGAGUCUAAACUCAGUGAUUGUUGCU